AAAACGUCAACUACUUUCUUUUCUUUCUCCUUUUCAAGAUAACGCACAACCUUAUUUUCUUGUCCUUUAUCAUCAUUUCAUAUUCACUACACAAAAACCAUGUCUCUCUGGCUCAUAGCACUCUCCACUUUCAUAUUAUCUAUCUUGAUAUACCGUUUUCUCAAAUCCACGACAAAGUCUUCUUCUUCACUGCCACUUCCACCUGGACCAAAACCAUGGCCUAUAAUAGGUAACAUGCCUCACCUAGGUGCUGCCCCACACCAAUCUAUUGCUGCCUUGGCUCAAAUUCAUGGCCCUUUGAUGCACCUCAAAUUAGGGUUUGUCGAUGUUAUCGUGGCCGCUUCCGCCUCCGUGGCUGAACAAUUCUUAAAGGUUCAUGAUGCUAACUUUAGUAGCCGGCCACCUAAUGCCGCAGCUAAAAAUAUGGUUUAUAAUUAUCAAGAUCUUGUGUUUGCUCCUUAUGGCCCAAGGUGGAGAUUGCUCCGAAAGAUCUCUUCUGUUCAUCUCUUUUCGAAUAAAGUUAUGGCCGAAUUUCAACAUUUACGUGAGGAAGAGACAGCAAGAUUGACAAGCAAAUUGGCAAGUAGUUAUUCCGACGCAAAAGCGGUGAAAUUGGGACAAUUAUUGAGUGUAUGUACAACCAAUGCACUUGCUAGGGCUAUGUUAGGAAGAAGAGUGUUCAAUGAUGAAAAUAGUGGAAAUGACUCAAAAGCUAAUGACUUCAAGGAUAUGAUUCUUGAAACAAUGGUGUUAGCUGGAGUUUUCAACAUUAGUGAUUUCAUUCCUUCAUUGGAAUGGUUAGAUCUUCAAGGAGUUCAAGCAAAAAUGAAAAUAUUACACAAAAAAUUUGAUGCAUUUUUAACAAACAUUAUUGAAGAACAUGAGACUUCUAAUUCUAAAAGUGAGAAACAUAAGGAUUUGUUGACUACUUUGUUGGCACUUAGAGAUGAAGGAGAUGAUGAAGGAAAUAAGCUCACUAAUACUGAGAUCAAAGCUUUACUCUUGAACAUGUUUGUAGCUGGAACAGACACAUCAUCAAGUACUACAGAAUGGGCCAUUGCAGAAUUGAUCAAAAACCCAAAAAUCUUAGCCCAAGUCCAACAAGAAUUAGACAGUGUUGUGGGUCGAGACAGGAACGUGAAAGAAGAGGACAUACCAAACCUACCUUACCUACAUGCAGUUAUAAAAGAAACAUUUCGUUUGCAUCCAUCAACACCUCUUUCCCUUCCAAGAAUAGCUUCAGAAAAUUGUGAGAUUUUUGGAUACCACAUUCCAAAAGGUGCAACUGUUUUGAUUAAUGUAUGGGCCAUAGCCCGUGACCCAAAGCAAUGGGCUGACCCUUUAGUAUUCAAACCCGAAAGAUUCUUACCAGGUGGUGACAAGUGUGAUGUUGAUAUUAAGGGAAAUGAUUUUGAAGUUAUACCUUUUGGUGCUGGACGUAGAAUUUGUGUUGGGAUGAGUCUUGGGCUUCGUAUGGUUCAGCUUUUAACUGCUACGUUGGCCCAUUCGUUUAAUUGGGAACUUGAAAAUGGGCUCAAACCUGAAAAAAUGAACAUGGAUGAGGGUUUCGGACUUACUCUUCAACGAGCUGAGCCAUUAUCAGUUCACCCUAAACCCAGGCUCUCGCCACACGUGUACUCGUCAGGUUUCUGAUUCGUAACAUUUACAUUUAAGAAAUUUUCUUUUCGUGAUGCACCUUAGGUUUCUUUAUUUUAUGCUUAAUCAUAAUAGUGAAUAAAUGGUAUUUUUUUAGUGUGUUGGUGUGAGAGGAUCCCAAAAGGGUCAAAGAUGUAAUUUUAGUUUGUUUAUGCAUUUGUAUUUCAAACUUUUAUGUAAAUAUAUAUGCCUUUAAUUGAAGUAACUUGAAAAGUAUAUAUAAAAGUUUGAUUUUUAUUUUA